AUGGGACCCAAGAGAGGUAAAGGUGCAGCAAAGAAGAGCCGAAAAGAGACAGUCAAAGGCCAAGUGGCUGAAAGGCCGAGGUCUCCAACAUUACCGCCGGCAGAAGAUGAAGAAAUACUGGUUCCAGAGCCAAAGCAGCCACAGCCUCACCCUGCAGGGGAUCAUCUCCCAGUCAUCACACCUGUUCCAGCAGCAGCCGCCAGCAAAAAGCGUACGUACAAACCAUACUACUAUGCAACACUAACAGAAGCGCAAAAAGAAGAGGUCAUUGACUGGCUAAAAGACACUCCUUCCAUCUACUCAAAGAGACUGUCAGAUUAUAAAGACACGCAGAACAAAGAGAAGCUAUGGGAGGAAAAAGCUGCUGACAUGGGUGUUGAGGUUGCAGCCCUUAAAACCUUUUACAAGUCCAACCGUACCCAGAUGAGCCGCCUUAAGAGGACUGUGGGGAAGUCGGGUGAGGGCACUGAAACAGUCGAGGACAUGUCUGCCACGGAUAAAUGGGUCUGGGAGAGGUUCUCCUUCCUCAAGGACCACAUCGAAAUCGUGGAACGCAGAAACGUGGUGAGCAUCCGUGGUAGAGGUACAGAACCAACGGAAGUCAUCAUUCCGUCAGACUCUGGGUCAGAGUCCCAGCCUACAGAGCCACCCUCUCAUAGACUCUCAACAGAGAGUGUUGACUUGAAGAGAAGUCUGAUGGAGUUUAUGUCUGACAAGAAAGGUGGUCCCUCCACCUUUGCCAGACAUAUAGAUGAGAGUCUGGCCCAGCUUCCUGGGGACAUCAAACACACAGAUGAAGCUUAUGGAAGUGCUACACGAAGGACAGAGGCAGGCUGAAGAGCGCCAUGAGA